CUCGAUCAUGGCUACGAUGUGAGCUCUCCAGGCAAGGAUGAAGAAGGCCUGCGAGAGCAGCGUCCUUUUGCUGGCCAUUGCCGGCUCCUGGGUGAGCGUGGCGCAGCUGGCACGCGCGGCAGAGGUGGCGACGCUGCAGCUACAGCACCACACCGUGGUGCCCCUGGUCACCUGGGCCAACUCCACGGCGUGGAUCCUGCUGGCCAUGCCCUACAUGGCCAUGAGGCGGUCCCGCGGCGCGGAAGGCUGUGAGCUGCUGGCCACGGACGCCUUCAAGGCUUCCCAGCCCCCAAGGUUCUUGUUCAUCGCACUGACCACCAACUUUAGCUACAUCAGUGCGCUGCAUUACUUGCCUGCUUCGCUGAACACGGCCAUCUUCAGUAGUAGUCCAGUUUUUACGCUGCUCCUCCAGAGCGUUUUCCUUCCUGCUGAAGCAGGCCGAAGCCUGUCGCCCGGCUUCGGGGAGGUGCGGGCUGCUUUAUGCGGCUUGAAGGCUUUGAGCGUGAUCUUGUCAGUUGUCGGAGUGCUUUUGAUCACUGAGCCCUGGCGAGAUUCCGAAGGCGACGAUGGCCUGGACAAGCGAUCCAGGAUCUUGGGCGCUGGCAUGUCGCUCUUCGCGGCGCUGGGGACGUCCAUCUACCAGGUCUACUUCAAGAAGGUCUUCGGCGACCGGAUGAAGCCGGAGGAGGUGGGGCUAUUUCUGGCUCACAUGGGAUGCUGGUCCUCUUGCCUCCUGGGCGCUGGCCUAGCUGUGCUGCUGGGGAGGGGCAUCUACGAGCUGAACCUGGCUAGGGUGCCCUGGGCGAUGGUCCUCUCCUCCUCCUUGAGCUCUGCGCUCUUCAACUUUCUCAUCAAGUUCGGGCUGUCGCGGGAGACGCCUGUGACUACGAGCUUGGGCACGCAGAUAGGCAUUCCCUUGAACUUGCUGCUGGACGUGCUCGUAAUCCACAGCCGCUUCCGGCGGUGUCAGGCGGCAGGCGUGCUGACGAUGCUUCUGAGCUUCAGCAUUUGGCACCACUCGGAGGCCAAAUCUGCAAAGGUCGCAGGACAGGGCGCAAUGUGGAUGAAUGGAGGCCUUGAUCCCAGAGGUUGCGCCAUGGCCUCCACGUUCUCAGGCACUGAGUUGACUUAUGCGGAAGCGGCCUUGCCAAAAGCGCCAGGCCUCAUGAGCAAGCUGGUGUGCUCUGGCCCCUUGGCGCGUGCCCUGGACCGCGGCGUGCUGAUCGCGGCCCUGGCGAAGUUCUUCCAUGUGAACCAGCCCGCCUGCCAAGCUCGCCUGGAGGCGCGGGUACCUUGUGUCGUUUUCCCCAAGCCACUGGGGCUGAUCUUAGGCUGCAAAGAUCCGGAGCACCUGGUCUUCAUGCAGCUCGCCUCGAAGCGAGUGGCUGCCCAUCCCGACCCGAUAGAGGAGCAUGCGGGUUGCAGCGCUCUUUGCAUCUUUGGAGAUCUGGAUGCCGAGAAGGUUUUGGUGGGCGACAACGGCACUGACUGGGCGUGCGUGGACAUCCAGUCCUUCAUCGUCAGCCACGCCAGCAGCGAGGAUUGUCAGAAUCUCAUCGACCACUUUGCUCCGCUCUGCUGCGAGCGCCAGAAGAACGAAGCCAGCGCCAAUGUGACCUGUUCAGAGUGCAGCAAUGGCUGCGUUGUUCUGGGGGCCUGCUUCCAUAGUUUGCAACUACAGGCAUUGACCCCAGCCGUAUGUUCCGAGCAUGCGGGUACCUGGUGCGGCUCCAAUCACUCCAGCCUGCAAGAGAACCAGGGCGAGCAGUCCCUGGUGGCCGCAUCCAUGGGAACGACCGGUUUCGCCCAAGACUAUGAGUUUUCGACGUAUGGUUGGUGCAUGUUUGGCUACUACGCUGGCAGGGAGGAAAACAGCAACCGCGACAGCCUGGAGAACUGCAUGAAGGCAUGCAAUUUAGAAGACAGGUGCAAGUUCUUCAGUUUUCUGCAGGGUCAAACCUGCAGCCGCUAUGACACAGACAGCUGCUUCUCCCUUGGCCUUUGGCCUUACAGCAUUUACAAGAAGAAGGACCUGCCGUAUAUGUGGUUGGGCGCCGGCUUUUGCGAGGACGGCUACUAUGCUGGCUGGGAGAGCAACAGCAACAAGGACAGCUUGGGCAAUUGCAAGACUGCCUGUGACAUGGAGUCGGAGUGCAAGUACAUUGCAUUCAAGCAAGGUUCCACUUGCAGCCGUUACAAUGGCAACAGCUGCGCUAUUCGGGCAGAGAGCUCCCACGCAGCAUACAAGAAGGUCAACCCGAGCUUCAAGUUAGCUUCCAUCGGAUAUUGCAGUCACGGUUACUAUGCUGGCUGGGAGACGAACAGCUUCAAGGACAGCUUGAAAAACUGCAUGUCGGCAUGCGAAGCUGAGCAACGAUGCAAGUACUUCUCCUUUUGGCAGGGAAACACCUGCAGUCGGUACGACACUUACAACUGCCAACCGAACACAGACACAUCCCAUGUCACCUACAAGAGAGUGAUGGUGCCGCCAGCAUGCUGUACGGGCGGUGACUUCGUGCACACGAGCGACAAGUGCCGCAGUCGCAGAGUGUACAUGAAGGGCGAGCAUCACCACUGGCUUCCAGAAGGCCACUCCGAAGUGAGCCUCACCGGGAACCCUGAGGGCACCGGUGAAGUGCACUGGGAGUGUCAUGCCCGGCGGCGGCGCUGCGGCUUGCUUGGAUGUGGGGGCACCGGCUAUGAACGCACCGGCUUCGAUCCUCCUGCCACGGAUGCAACAGUCCACUACAACGGUGAAACCAUCGACUACUGGCCCAAGUACUGCGCCCCGGAAAUGCCCUGGAGUGAGGAAUCGCCCGCAGAUCGUGGCUGCUGCUCUAUCGCAGACGGCACAGUGGAUCGGUGCCGGUCUUCAAGCUAUAUCAAGAUCCAGGUGGGAUCCACAUGGAAGUACUGCUACAAGAACCAGAUCUGUGAGUGGGAAUUCCCGACGCCACAGACCCAAGGCGUCAAGUUAAGCUGGUACUGCGGCAACACCGAGGAGAAGGUGCGAUGGGGUCUCUACUUCGACACGCUUCAGGUGAAGUUCCACUGCGACGGCAAGGUGGAGUGGAACCCUUGGUGGUGUGGUUUGGCCACCGGCGGCAAGGCCCCGGCGUCUGUGGUCACGCAGUUUGCCGGCGUGAUUGGUGUCAGCACCGGCGGCGACUUCAUCAAUGGCCAGAACUCACAGCCGCUGACGGUCACGGAGAUGAGAAACAAGGCUGACGACUUCAUAUACCAGAACCGGAAAGCCAUUUGCGAGGGCAUGUCAGCCGCGGCUGUGUACGACCAGCUGCUGAAGCCUUCCAGCGUGUGCUGGCGAGCUGGCAUGACGGCCCGGUCAUCCUUGUUUCCGCACCACUCCGAUUAUGGCACGAAGACAUCCUUGGCAGAGGAGAACACCCAGUUUGAGCGGGGAGAGUGGAGCGGCUCCAGAGCAACACCACGCUGCUGCAAAUGGCGGCAUCCGGCAACGCACGGGAAGAGGACCUAUUCAUUGAUCCCUUUCAGACGUACUGCGCGCUCAGCGGUGGGACUGAUUGCGCUAAGAUCGGCAAGGAGAGUUGCACCUGUUAUUGCGUGGAGCCUGGGACUUGCACCUCGGUCAUGGCCGCCAAGUACGGCAAGGCGGCUGCGGCCGUCCUGGCUGCUUGGAAGGGCCAAAGGGCCAAAGUCGGGAUGGGCUUUGGUUUUGGGGCUGGGUGGAUUUGAGGCUUGCGGGCGGGGUAAAAGUCAGUGUAUGAUUCUCAUGGGCUAG